GCCUUAAUUUGUGUGGAGAUUAUGUGUGGACUUCAUGUAUAUUUCAUCUGAAUCGGAAGGGCGGACCUAUGCAGGGUUUGCAGUGAUUGAUCCCAUUUGUACUUGCCUUGUUCCUGCGCUUGUUUAGUCGGCAAUUGCCUGAAGGAAGAAAUCAUGAUCUAUUUGAGAAGUUUGACAUAGAACAGAAAAGAAGCGCCUACCUCUCCAAGAUUAGCUGACUUGAAGCUUUACUUGAUACUGUUUCCACCGACAUGACAAGAUUUGAACUUGUUACUUUUUUAAGUUAUAUAAAUCGAUUUACAUCUUGAUGACAGCUUUAUGAAUACAAGUAUCCUCGGUACCAUUCACCAUAUUGCUCCGAGAAUUUUCCAGCAGAUUGAUGAAUUUAGGAGAAUUGGUCUUUAGAUAUCUUUAAGAUAAAUUGGAGCUUGCUUGAAUAUAUUUAUUCUUUUAAACCCUUUCUGUAAUGAAAAUGUUUUCCGUUAACUAGGUUUUGCUGUAAAAUGUGCUGGUGUUCCAAUUGCCCAGAGGUUGAUAAUCUAUGUACACCUUUGCAUUCUGUGUGCCAAUUGCCGGAAGGAGAAGACCUUAAGAAAAAGAAAACCAAUCGACCUCUAAUGUUAGAUAGUGUCAUGUGCGGCAGACAGCUGAAGAUUCCCUCCGGCCAUAAGUCCUCUACUGCCAAAUCUAUCUCCCCCCAACCCACCCACCCACCCAUCUACAAGCCCCAAACCACCCCCCCGGGGAGCGCCGGCGAGCUCCAGUCCAGACUCCAGACUAUUCCCAUAACCAUGCUUGGAGAACUCACCACCAUGCUAUCUGAGUCUUGGUCAUGGUGGUUCAACGGCGAACACACCGUCGUGCUUUUCACUUCCACCCUCGUCGUUCUCGCCCUAUUCUGGAUUGCUAUAAUGUUCAUCAAACGAUCGACAAACGGACGCCCAUCAUUACCGCCUGGUCCAAAUGGCUUGCCUCUGGUCGGAAACCUCCUGUCUUUAGACCCCGAGCUCCACACCUACUUUGCAACCCUGGCCCAAACCUACGGCCCCAUCCUGACCCUCUGGCUCGGAAAGAAGAUUGGUAUCGUGGUCAGCUCGCCGGCGGCGGCGCGUGAGGUGCUAAGAGACCAAGACACGACCUUCGCCAACCGUGAUGUUCCGGUGGCCGGCAAGGAGGCGGCGUACGGUGGCUCAGACAUAGUUUGGACACCGUAUGGACCCAAGUGGCGCAUGCUGAGGAAGGUUUGUGUCCGUGAAAUGCUUAGUAACGCCACCUUGGACUCCGUGUACAGCCUCCGACGCCGGGAAAUACGUCAGACUAUUAAGUACUUGUACAACCGAGCUGGGUCGCCGGCGAAUGUCGGCGAGCAGAUGUUUCUGACUGUUCUUAACGUGAUUACGAAUAUGCUAUGGGGUGGCACGGUGAAGGGGGAGGAAAGAAAGAACCUUGGGGCGGAGUUCCGACAAGUGGUGACGGAGAUGACGGAACUUUUGGGGAUGCCCAAUGUGUCGGAUUUUUAUCCGGGUUUGGCCAGGUUUGACUUGCAAGGAAUCAAGAAGAAGAUGAAGGGUUUAGCAGAGAGGUUUGAUAGGAUCUUCGAAACGAUGAUUGAUCAACGGGUAAAAAUGGAUAGUGCCACAGCCAAAGAAAGUAAAGAUUUUUUACAGGUUUUGUUGCAGCUGAAAGAUGAAGGAGAUGCCAAAAUGCCUCUCACAAUGACUCAUCUCAAAGCCUUACUCAUGGUACGUGUUCUGGAACAUGGUGUGCUUGCUUUUAGGUAUUGA